GUUAAAAAUUGUGGACUAAAUUCUCAAUCCUAGGCUGAGUAGGUUUUUGAAUAUGACAGCAGGCAAGAAUUCCUGAGCAAUAAAAAUUUAAUUUGCUAAAUUUCUUUAAAAGAUAACUUUUUAAAAAAACAUGGGCUUUGAGAGAGUUGGAACCUGGAGACAAUUCUUACAUUGGGGCCCAAUUCUGGCCCUGUCUGUGAUCUUCACAAUCAGCCUGGUGGCCAUCAGGUGUCAUGUGAUGUGGUGGCCCCCGCUCAUGAGCCUCGGAGCUUUUGUUAACUUCUCCUGUUUCUUGUCAUGGGUGGCUCUCACUCUACACAACUAUUUUUCUGCCUGUAUUAAAGGACCUGGCUUUGUCCCCAUCAUGUGGAAACCAAAAAAUCCACAACAUGAACAGUUCCUCCAAUACUGUGAAGCUUGUCAGGGCUACAAAGCUCCUAGGUCCCAUCACUGUCGAAAAUGUGGCAGGUGUGUAAUGAAAAUGGACCAUCACUGCCCAUGGAUAAAUACAUGUUGUGGUCACUUGAACCAUGCCAAUUUUUGUUGGUUUCUAUUAUUUGCCCCAAUAGGCUGCUUGCAUGCUCUCUUUAUCCUCAUCCCUUCUAUUUAUAGAGCACUAAACUUUCAUUAUUAUUUUCAUGCCCGCCCUAAUGAUCCUCUGGUUUACCUUGGUGUGUGGGGUUUUGUUGUCACCAUGUUUGCCAUUGGGCUGGCCAUUGGAGUCAUCAUUGCUGUGGGAAUGCUGUUCUACAUACAGAUACGAAGUGUCUUAAAAAAUGAGACCGGCAUUGAAUCCUGGAUAAUAGACAAGGCUCUGGAUAGGGACAGAGAAGAAGAGGAAGGGGAGUUUAUCUACCCAUACAACCUGGGCUGGAAGGAAAACUUGAGACAGGUGUUUACCUGGACUGGUAGACCCAAGUCAAAUGGGAUCAGGUGGGAUGUGGCUCACGGCUGCCAUCAGUUCUCUCUGACAAUGGAGCAAGUGAUGCAGAAAAGAGAAAAAAGGGAGAGAACUAUAGAGUACAUGAUAACAGAGAAAUAUUCUGGCUCUUUGUUUCCUAUAACAAAAGGAGUGAGAACUGGUUGUUGUGUGCCAUGCACUGAUGAGCCCAGGAUCAGUGUAGAUAUAGGGGACAGAGUUUUAGUCACCAGGUGGAAAAAGAGGUGGUUGUAUGGUUGUAAGAUAGCUGCUGAGGUCAUUGAAGGUCAUACAGUGACAAAACGUUUACGAGGAUGGUUCCCUAGAAGCUGUGCAAUACAAGUGAUUGAUGACAAUAUGAAUGAUGACAAUAUGAAUGACAAAAAGGAUUCUUAGUGUCAGUUAUUUAUUUUAACAGAACAAAUGAUAGGAUGCAUUCCAUUAUAUUUACUUUCAUUUUUAUUCUUCCAUUUUUUUAAAAUAAAUAUGUUUUACUUUAUCAUCAAAAUGUGAAAAUCAAUUUGAACAAUCAAAAGAAUAUAUUUUGUGCUGAUUUUUUACACUAUUCUUUUAUUUACUUAGUUCAGCUCAGUUCACUGUAACAUAAUGUAUUAUUAAAAAAAGUUUUUCCUUCAUCAUAGACCUAAAAAAUGAACAAUUACAUUUUUUUCUUGUUUUAAACAGAGAGUUAUGUUACUUUAAAAU